AUGGCUUCUCUCCUCCGUCAACUGGUCGCCGGCCCUCGCUCUCGCCAUCCAGAGGCAGGACUCGACCUGUGCUACGUUACUGACCAGAUCAUCGCGACAUCAGGCCCUAGCGGUACCUACCCCCAGCGCGCUUAUCGCAAUCCUCUCGACCAGCUCGUCAAGUUUCUGGACUAUAAGCAUGGGGAAGAUUGGGCGAUCUGGGAGUUUAGGGCUGAGGGAACGGGUUACCCGGAUUCAGAAGUCUACGGACGAGUGUGGCAUUAUCCAUGGCCAGAUCACCACCCUCCGCCGUUCAGGCUGGUACCGAUGAUUAUGGCGGGCAUGAGAAAUUGGUUGCACGAGACUGAUGGGGAUGAGGCCCAGGCAGAAGACAGAGCAGAGGUGAAGGACGCGAAGAAGGGAGAGAAAAAGAAGAGAGUGGUUGUUGUGCAUUGCAAAGCAGGGAAAGGACGGAGUGGAACGAUGGCGUGCAGCUAUUUGAUCUCGGAGUGUGGGUGGAAACCAGAUGAAGCUCUGGCACGAUUCACGGAACGGAGAAUGAGACCUGGAUUCGGCCAGGGCGUCAGUAUUCCCAGUCAGUUGAGAUGGGUGGCUUACGUGGACCGGUGGACGAACUCCAAGAAGAUCUAUGUCGAGAGACAAAUCGAGAUUAUGGAGGUACACGUUUGGGGACUGCGGGAUGGAGUCAAGGUACAAGUGGAAGGCUUUGUUGACGAAGGAAAGACCAUUAAGCUAUUUCACGUCUUCACGAAAAAGGAGAGGGUCAUAGUCGAAGGCAACACCCCUGGUGGAGGAGGCAUCAGGGACAAGAUUUCAGAUAUGGCCGGGCUCCAAAAUGAGGGAAAAGUAGCCGAGACGAACUCGGCCCACACAUCAAUAAGCAAAAUCCCUACGACUCCCCAGGCAGCAGGAACCUCCAGCUCAGGCUCUACAACAACCGAAAUCAUCGGGACCGAGUCUGGCCCUACAACAGCCGAAAUCACAGGGACCGAGUCUGGUGGCUCAGCCGUAAUCUUCAAGCCCUCAACACGAGUCGUCCUCCCCUCGAGCGACGUUAACAUCGCCUUUGAGCGUCGGAACAAGGCGUCCAUGGGCUGGACAAUGGUCACAGCCGUAGCGCAUGUAUGGUUCAAUUGCUAUUUCGAAGGCAACGGCCCCGAGCAAGGCGGCAAGCCAGACGAAAACGGCGUCUUCGAAAUCGAGUGGGACAAGAUGGAUGGUAUUAAAGGCUCAAGCCGGAAAGGCGCUAGGGCUUUUGAUAAGAUGACUGUGGUAUGGAAGGCGUAUGAUCCGUCACCCAGCGAGGGCAAAAAAGAAGAUGUCGUUACCGAGCCCGGCCUUGGUUCUCCUGUUCCUCAGGUGGCGCCUGCCAACUGGAAAGGGGGAAAUGAUACUUCGCCCGACUUGGGGAAGGAUCUCGGGUUGAGAACCGAAAGUCCAAGGAGCGUGGAAGUUAGCAAAGCCAGUAGCAUGAAGAGCGGUACUCCUAAUGACGACAAUGAUUCCGAAGAGGGUGUCAAGCGUAGUAGUCAAGAAGGAGAGGAGAAUAUCGGUGCAGACGAUAUUGAUGUGAAGAGCCUUCCACAGGCACAAGCAAAUGGCUCAGAGCCGACUGUUUCUCAGGUCAACCGGGGCCUUGACACAGCAUCGAAGACAACGUCGAAUCAAACCACGAAUCAGACAGCGAGCCAGGGGCUCAGCGCCUGUGAAGCGGUAACUGCUCCGCCGCCUACAGAUCCUUCAGCUGGGAAAGCAGCAACUACUGCUACAUCGUCUCUACCUGAUGGGGUACCAGAGGAUCAGCUUCGGGAUGCGAAGACUCAUGGGCUGGGGCAUUUGCAAUCUAGCGCAAUUCGGCAGUACAGGGCAGAGCCGUACGCAGAGACCGAAGCAGGAGCCGACCGGCUUGAUUGCGAGGAAGAAAACGUAUGA